AUGUCGAAGCGCAAUGGAAGCAUAGGGGCUCAAGAUUUCGAUAGGAAUGAGAUCAAAUGUUACAUGGACGAUGCUGGUCCUCCUUGUAGAAGAUGUCGCGAAAAGAAGCUGAGCAAUUGCGCAGUCAGCAAGAACCUGCAAACUAUCAUUGACGAGAAGACAGAGAUCUCGGAAGCCAUGCUCUCAGAUCUUGAUCAAAUGUACUCUGCAGUCAAGGAAAUGCGAAGCCUCAUGGGCCUACCAGAACUACCUCCCCUACAGGUCGCGCCAUUAAUAAAGCGAAAGGAAGCCACGAGAGCGCAAGUUUCAGCAAAUGACACAAUGCAGCUUGAGGAUAGCUACGGUCCUUCUUGCGAUAAUUCACCGAAACUCACACCAGAAGACGACAGGUUGCCGCAUGCGCCCAUCCAUUCUCUUUAUACCCUCACGCGGAUGCGCGCUCUGCGAUCACCUGGCAGCGGCAACGAUAGUUCAGGCCAAGUCAUCAAUGACUUCAUUUCCCAAGGACAGAUCACAUUACCAGACGCGGAACGGUUAUUCAGUAUCUACAAAGAUCGAUUAGAUGGCUUCAUAUAUUCUAUCGGAUGUCCUUACAAAACCCUCGAUCAGCUUCGUCGCAAGUCAACUAUACUAUGCGCUGCGACCCUUACCAUUGCAGCUCUCCACGAUCCAGCAGCUGACAAGGUCUACGGGGUGUGUAAUUCUGAGCUGAGGCGAUUGACUGAAAAGUCUAUGCUCCAACGGCAAGGCGAUAGAGACUAUUUUCGAGCUCUGGCCAUCGCAUCAUAUUGGCUCAGUGACUUGUCUUGGACGUUAUCGGGUCAUGCCAUCCGGCGUGCUGCAGAGUGCAACAUCCAUAACAGCUAUAGCCACGCCAUCAAAGACCAAUCCGAAGAAGCAAUGGACUCAGCGCGUAUUUGGUCGAUUCUUUACAUAUGCGACCAGCACCUUGCAAUCCUUUACGACAGGCCAGCAAUCAUACAGGACGACUGGCUCACGCAGGAUUGGGAAGGCAUACUGAAUUGCCCCCUAGCUACGGAUCAAGACGAGAGGCUUAUGAGUCAAGUCGAGCUCAUGGGUAUCCUGCGAAACAUUCGACGUUUGUUCGGUCCCGACAAAGGAGAGGAAGUACCGAGAUUAUAUCUCAGUCAAAUAGGUCACUACCAUCGACAGCUGGACCAGUGGAUAGCGAAGUGGACUGCCAGACUACCAGAGGGACAUCCCACAAUUGGAGCCUUCCCCCGAAAAGGAGCUCUCUUCCAUUUCCAUCUCGCACAGCUAUACCUUUACUCUCACGUCUUUCGCGGACAAUCCAACACGAUACCAGCACAUUUCCUCGAUACAGCGUCAAUGGCAGUGACUUCAGCAUCGGCAAUCAUCGACAUUCUUCUCAGUGACCCUGACCUCUCAACAAGCAUAGUUGGAAUCCCGUCAUAUCUUUUGUCCAUGACGGCAUUCGCAGCCAUGUUCUUAGCUAAAGUGUCUCAUAAAUACGGCCAUGAUUUAUUCAGACGCGAACAGGCCCUUGAUCAGAUCACUCGCUUAAUUCGUCAUUUCCGUUCCUUGUCAAUGGGCAAGUGGCAUUUAGCAAAUCUGAUGAUUAGAGGGCUUGAGACUGUGACAAGUCUUCUAACUCCAUCAGGAAUUGAUAAGAAUCAGAUGCAAAAUAUAGUGUCUGUGCUGCCACCGGGGACUGAAAAUGGGAAUGGCCUGGGAGACAUGUAUGCUAACGGCAACGACAUGUUUUCGGGUAUUGACGGCAGCACGAUACCGACUUGGGAUACUCACUUUGGUCUAUCGCCGAUAUUUGGGUUCGAUCCGUCUCUUCUUGACGUUGAUGGUUAUAUGCAGUCAAUGGCGAUCUUUCCGAACGCGGAAUAA